AUGGCUGGUGCGCCCUAUAUCCCACGGAGAAUAACAAUGACAAAAGUCCCGCUCCAACAGACCGCCGAUGGUUUCUACCUCAACCGCACGCCUUGGUUCGCGUUUUUGCUGCUGUGCAGUAUUUUUGCCCUGUGGGCGGCGGCGGCCAGCAUGAAUGACGUGCUGAUCGCGCACUUCAAGAAAGCCUUUUUGCUCAGCGAUUUUCAGACCGCCUUUGUGCAGUCGGCGUUUUACCUGGGCUACUUUUUCGUGGCGAUUCCGGCGGCCAUGGUGGUGCGUCGCUUCGGCUACAAAAGCACGAUCCUGGUGGGCUUGAUGCUUUACAUGGCGGGCUGCGCGCUGUUCUUUCCUGCGGCCUCCACUGCCACCUACGGCAUGUUCCUGAUGGCGCUGUUUGUGAUCGCGUGUGGGCUGUCGUUUCUCGAAACCGCCUGCAACACCUAUUCGACGUUGAUGGGACCACGGGAAACCGGCACCCGCCGUCUGAACAUCUCGCAGACCUUCCACCCGUUCGGCGCCAUGGCGGGUGUGUAUGUCGGUAGCUUUGUGAUGUUCAAGGACACCGACGCCACCCACGAACAGUUGACCCAAAUGAGCGCCUCCGAGGCGGCCAUCCAGCAGUUGGAAAUGAUUCAGUCGACCCUGCUGCCCUACAAAUGGAUGAUCGCGGUGCUGGUGCUGAUGUUUAUCCUGAUCGCCAUUACCCGCUUCCCCGCAUGCCGGGGCAACGCCAAGGCCGACGUGAAAAAGCCCAGCCUCGGCCAGAGCCUGGCGCGCUUGUCGCGCAACCCGCGCUUUACCUUCGGCGUGCUGGCGCAGUUUCUGUAUGUGGGGGCUCAGGUCGGGGUAUGGAGCUUCACCAUUCGCCUGGCGAUGCAGAUGGGCGGGAUGAACGAGCGCAGCGCGUCAUGGUUCCUGCUGACGACCUUUGCCGCCUAUUUCGUCGGCAAGAUGAUCGCCAACCUAUUGAUGCGCAAGCUGCACCCGGCCAAGGUCCUGGCGAUCUACGGCGUGCUGACCAUUGCCUUGCUUGCCUAUACCAUCCUGGUGCCGAAUAUCAGCGCAGUGUACGCGGCGGUCGCGGUGAGCAUUUUCCUCGGGCCGUGCUGGCCGACCAUUUAUGGCCUGACGAUUGAAGGGCUGGGUGAAGACACCAGCGUCGGUGGUUCGCUGUUGGUGAUGAGCAUCGUCGGCGGCGGGGUGAUCCCGGUGUUCCAAGGCCUGCUGUCAGAUGCCACCCACGGCAAUAUGCAACUGGCCUACAGCGUGCCCCUGCUGUGUUUCGUGGUGAUUGUGGCCUACGCCUAUUCCUGCAUGCGCCACAGUCGCGCCGCACAGCCUAGGGCUGGCGCGGUGGUGGCCUCAUGAAAACCUUCACCCUGGCCUUGUCUCCCGAGCAAUUCAGCGGGGCAGAAAAAACCCUGCUGCAAUCGGCUGAUUUUCGCGUGCUGGCCUGGACCUACCCCAGUGGGGUCAAGGCCCUGGCGUUGGAAAAUGCCCGUGGUCGCGUGGUGGCCUUGCCUUAUCAGGGGCAGAUGAUUUGGUCCGCGACCUUCGACGGCUGCGAGUUGACCAUGCGCAAUAUGUUCCGCCAGCCAAAGCCCAGCGCAACGGUAAUUGGCACCUACGGAUGCUUUAUGUUUCACGCCGGGCUGUUGCGCAAUGGCUGCCCGACCCCAAGCGACGACCACCCGCUGCACGGCGAAAUGCCCUGCGCACCAAUGGACGCAGCCUGGCUGGAAGUGGGCGAAGACGCUGCGGGCCUGUACCUGCGCCUGGGUGGCGAUUACGAGUAUGUGCAGGGGUUCGGCGACCACUAUCGGGCCACACCCACGCUGACCCUGCGGGCCGGCUCGGGGGUAUUUGAUAUCGGCAUGGCGGUCACUAAUCUCGCGGGUAAGGCCAUGGAACUGAUGUACAUGGCCCACAUGAACUACGCCUACAUUCCUGGCGCGCGCUUUGUCGAGCCCCUGGCCGGCGCCCGGGUGCGCGUACGCAGCAGCGUGCCGGCCCACGUCAAGCCAACCCCCGAGUGGGCGGCCUACAUGGCUGAGCUGAGCCGCGACCCUUCACGGCUGAGCAGCCUGGACAGCCCCGCGCUGCAUGAUCCGGAAAUCGUCUGCUUCUUCGAAGAGGUUCCAGCCGAUACCGCAGGCAAUGCGCAUUUUCUGCUGGACCAUCCCGAAGGGUCGGCGUUCUACACCCACUACCGGCCCGAUCAGUUCUCCCAUGCCACCCGCUGGGUCCUGCAUAACGCUGACCAGGGCGUCGCCGCCUUUGUCUUGCCUUCUACCUGCGAACCCGAGGGCUACCUGGCAGAAAAAACCAAAGGCAAUGUGCGUUCAUUGGCCGGCGGACAACAGGCAUUGUUCAGCGUGAGUACCGGCUAUCUGUCGGCUGAAGAAAGGCGCCGCCUGCGGGAUGAGCUAGGCGGCUGAUGAGGUGCGGCAAGGGUGGUCACACCACCCAUUGCGCGCCAUAUUGGGUGAUCAGUUCACGGUACGCUUUGGGCAGCUUCUUGUCGGAGACCACCACAUUGAACUGUUCGAGGCUGGCGAAAUGCGCGGUGCGCACAACGUCGAACUUGCUGUGAUCGGCCAGCAACAGGCUGUGCUGGGCCUGGCGCAAAACCUUCUGUUUGACCGCCACUUCAUUGAAGUUGAAGCAGGUGACACCGAAGGUCUCGCUGAUACCUGCGGCCGAAAUGAAGGCCCAGGUCAAACGCACGCUGUCGAGGAUGCUGCUCUCGUCGGCAUGGUCGAACACUUGGUUCUUGCGAUGAAAGGUGCCGCCACACAGAACGAUAGUGCAGUUGGGCUUCUGUUGCAGCUUGAGCAGCACGUUCAGCGAAUUGCAGACCGCCGUGAACUCCAGCUCAUCGGGAAUGAAAUCAAUCACAAAAGGCACCGUGGUGCCGCAGUCGAAGAACACCGUGUCGCCACUUUUGACAAACGCGGCCGCGAGCUUGCCUAUACGGCGUUUCUCCUCCACAUGCCGAGUGCCUUGCUCCGUAACCUUGUAGUCAGGCGCCUCGGACGGGUCGAAGGCAAGGGUGAUAUGCCCGCCGAGCAGGUGGAACUUGUCCGGGUGACGGUUCAAGUCCCGGCGCAGGGUCAUUUCCGAGACUUCCAGCAAUGCGGCCAUUUCCCGCAGGUGGAUCGCCUUUUGGUCCUGCAGGGCUUGUUGGAUCAGUUUGAUGCGUUCUGAUUGUUUGCUUUCCACAGGCGUUCCGGUCGGCUGGUUAUGUUGUAAUUACAUCAUUUUUUGGUAUUAUAGUCACAUCUUUUGGGCGUGCUUUCUCACAGUUGCGCCCAUCGUGCUCCUUCACCAGGAACGGAUUUCAUGACCUCAAUCACACCCGCAGCACUUGCACAGUUUAUCGACCACACGUUGCUGGCGCCCGACGCAACGCGGCAACAGAUCGCAGCGUUAUGCAAAGAAGCGCAGGAAUACGGGUUCUAUUCCGUCUGCGUGAACUCGGGCCAGGUGCCUUAUGCCGCCCAAUUGCUCAGUGGGCAAAAGGUCAAGGUCUGCGCGGUGGUCGGGUUCCCGCUGGGCGCCGGGCUGAGCGAGAGUAAAGCCUUCGAAGCCCAACAGGCAAUUGCCGUGGGUGCGGGCGAGAUCGACAUGGUGCUCAAUAUUGGCGCGUUGCGCGAGGGCCUGUUGGACACGGUGCGUGACGACAUCGCCAGGGUGCAUCAAGCCUGCGGUUCGGUGCCGCUGAAAGUGAUCCUCGAAACCUGCCUGUUGGACGAGGAACAAAAGAUCCGCGCCUGCGAAAUCUGCCGUGAACUGGGGGUGGCCUUCGUCAAGACCUCGACCGGCUUUAGCCAUCAUGGCGCCACUGCUGGAGAUAUCGCCCUGAUGCGCCGUAUCGUCGGCCCGCAGAUGGGGGUCAAGGCGUCGGGCGGGGUGCGCGAUUACGCGACCGCAGUGGCCAUGAUCGAAGCCGGUGCCACCCGCCUGGGCACCAGCUCGGGGGUGAGCAUUGUCAGUGGCAAGCCUGCGGAAGCGGCGGGUUACUGA